CAGUCAAGGAGCCAUAGCUGCGAUAGACGGUAUCAAAACCUCUGGGCGUCAGGAUGUGGAUGUGUCCAGAGGUUGCAUCAGAAGCGAUAUGAGGACGGAGGGUGAGGAUCUGUAUCUGCGACGGCUGCGACGAUCGCGGGCCGCUCAGAAAUGGCCGACCAAAACAAAGCGCGUGGCAGUCAAACGGAGCUCCCUGCUAGAGAAUCUCCCGCGCAGAUUACCAGUGCACCAUGUGGGAAAGAAGUUGAGAUUUGUUCAGCGUCCACGGCCAUGAGACUGAUGACUUAAAAAAAAAAAAAAAAGGUCUCAUGUGGACCAGGAUUCGGGUGCUUAGCGCUUGGCAUCCGACACAUGGCAUCUGGUAUUUUCUUUUUCCGCCCGCUGUUUCUCGGUUUGUCUUUGUUUUUGUUUUUCGGUGUUUUUUUUUUUUUUCUUCCUUUCUCUCCCCCUUCUUCGCGAGAUUGGGUACUGCGAACACUCCCGCGGUGCUUCUUGGACCAGGUAUUGACGCAAGGCACGACGAAAGCGGUGUCGGCUCUGUGCAAUGUAAUGCAGACGGCCCUGGACCGGCUUACAGGACCAAGCUUAUGAACGGCGACGACGGGAUACAAGGGGACAAAGUGGAGCGAGAAAGGGACAGUGCAUUGCAUGAACCGGAAGUUGGGAUGGGCAUGGUUAGGUGGUGGAAUCAGCCCGGGAGAGGCCCUGCUCGUCGCCGUUGCCGUCCGAGGUUGGAUUUGGGCUGGGCUGGGUUGAGGUCGUGCCGUUUUGUGUUGUUACAUGCGCCAGAGUACCUAUCCAUCCCUAUAUCCAUGGUUCAUUGAUGAAUCAAUGAUACGUCGUCAUCCGUGGCUGGGACGGUUUCGUUGAAGUGUAUGUUUGCAGAGAGCCGUAAAGGC